AUGCAGCAACCCAAGAUCUUUUACCCCCAGCAGGAGACGUAUGCCCCCCGGCCUUUAGAGCGACCGGACGGCCAGCCGAACCGGCCCUUCUCGGCUUUCAUCCUUCCUGAGAACCUUGCCUCCGUAGGGACGCCCAGCUUGUACCACUGCCCCAAUCAAGAGAAAGAGCUUUUCGCCGCACCCCCGGCAGGUUUCCACAUGGCUCCGUGCGGAUGCUUCUUCGACCCCAGGAUCUACCGCAUCGAGUGGGCAGCGGCCAAUUUCGUCCAGCCUUCGGUGUACAAACUGUCCGGCGGGCCAGGCCCGCAAAACACGUACCUUCUGGACAGCCAGAAGUACCUCAAGGGGCCUCUCCAGUCUGUCCCGUACCAGCCCUACCAACCUGUCACCAGCAACCCCCAGUUCGUCCUGCCUUUCUUCAAGCCCGAAGGCCCCGCCACGGGCAACUCGACGGAUCACGUCGGCUUCAUCGGCAACCCUGGCCACGGCUCCCUGUUCGUGGAUGCAGCCCGUCUCCCUGGCGAAGGCCCGGUGCCAAGCGGAGCACACACACUACCGCCAACAGUCCCCGGGUCGAAUCUGAAGGAGCCUCCCAGUAGCCAGACUCCCGUGGCUUACGAAUGUCUCACCGGGCCGCUGCACCACUGCUCCGAUUUGGCCUUCCAAGCGUUCAAGGGUUUCCUCGCAGAAGACGGAGACCUGAGACAGGAUUUCGCAGAGAACUCUCCGGUCCGUAAUGUCCAACCCGCAAAUCAAACCGCUCUCAGCGUCCCCAGAGCAGAGGUCACGGCGGACGCGGAACCCUGUACGGACCUGGACAGCCUGCUAACCGAGGAAAACACUUUGCUGGAAGAAGAGGAGGAAUCCUUCAGCCUCCCUGACAAAGUCCUUUUGGAAGACGCCAUGAAACUCUUCGAUUGCUCUCCGGUGAACUCCGACACCGAAGCUUCCCUGGACAAUUCCAGCAACGGCAGUCCCCGCAGGCACCGGGGCGAUAGCUUGCGAGACGGCUGCUUCUCUGGCGAAGAUUCGUCCAGCGACAUCCGCUCCCUCAACCUUCCCGACGAGCUGCUCUCGUUCGACUACAGCGUGCCGGAGAUCCUCAGUGCCGUGACAAGCUUGGACUACCUCUACGACAUAACCGCUUUUGGGGAGGACGCACAGUGGGAGAGCGGCCGGCCGGCCUCGCAGCCUCCCCCAAGACACGAGCACCGUUCGGAUCUGGAGAAAGCGGAGAGCAGCAGCGCGGCACCCAAGAAAACCAAACCCGCGGCCGGAAAAUCGAGUCUGGCAUCUGCACGGGGCGGUGAUGGGGGACCCCGGGAGCCGGAACCUGCCCUAGUGGUUGUCUGA